AUGGCACAAAUGUUUAAUGGAAAACCAGGAGACCUGAUCGAGAUCUUCCGUGGGGCAUUUCAGCACUGGGCCAUCUACAUCGGAGAAUAUGAAGUGAUCCAUUUAGUUCCAGAGGGCGGUCAGUCAUCAGGCUUGUUUGAGCUACUGAGCAGCAGAGCACAGGUGAAGCGUGAGAAGCUCAGCGAUGUGGUCGGCCAUGACCGUUUCAAAGUCAAUAAUCUGCUGGAUGAAGAGUACAAGGCUCGUGAUCCUUCCAUCAUAGUGAAGGAGGCCUGUGCGAUGGUUGGCUGCGAGCUAUCGUACUACAGCGUUGUCUCUUACAACUGUGAGCACUUUGCUAUCGAGAUGCGAUACGACAAGGCAGAGUCUCGUCAGGUUCAAACAGCAGGUUGGAUCACAGGGGCUGUAGCAAUUGGGCUCUUAGCAGCAGUUCUGUUCAGCAGCCUUUCCGGCAAAGAGGAAGACUACAGGAAGAAAAGAAGACAUCAACACUGGUACUAA